AAAUCUUACCUAUGCAAAAGUAACCUUCAAACUUCCAUUAGGAGAUGCAAAUUUGCCGUUUUCAUCAUUUCCAUUCACACAUGCACUUGUUAUAUCUGGUAGGGUCAGAUUCAAACUUCUUUCAUUUUCUUUUUUUAUCUUCUAUAUCUUCCUUCGUUUCAUUAGGGCCCAUUACGUGGCACAGAGGUAGUUGAAGUAAAACUUGACCAUGUUUCCAACAUGUAUAAAUGCACAAGCCAUUCCCACCACCUCAUACCCAAAACUUUGUAAGCCAAACCAGCAAAGAGGAAGAAUAUGAGAUUCUCUUGUGCUAAGUCCUACUUGAGAAGCUUCACUGAGGAGAACUUCCAAUCAGAAAAUGGAUGGAGCUUCUCCACUGAUCUAUUGCCAUCCUUGGGAGCAACCAUUAACCAGUCAACCAAGCUCAGAAAGCAUAUAAUCUCUCCUUAUGAUCGACGAUACAGAGCAUGGGAAAUUUUUCUGAUCCUCCUAGUAAUUUAUUCAGCCUGGAUUUGUCCAUUCGAAUUGGCCUUUUUGAGAUACUUGUCAAAGACACUCUUUCAUGUCGAUAACAUGGUGAAUGGCUUCUUUGCUAUCGACAUAGUCGUGACCUUCUUCGUCGCUUUUCUUGACCGAAAAUCCUAUCUUCUGGUAGAUGAUCGCAAGACAAUUGCAGUUAGGUAUCUAACCUCAUGGUUCAUCUUAGAUGUAUGUUCAACAGUACCUUUCCAAUACAUUAGUCUCCUCUUCCAGAAACACGGCGGCGACCUGGGCUUUAAGUUACUCAAUAUGCUUCGGCUUUGGCGCCUUCGUCGAGUCAGCUCCCUGUUUGCAAGACUUGAGAAAGAUAUCCGGUUCAACUAUUUCUGGACCCGCUGCACAAAACUAGUAUUAGUAACACUUUUUGCAGUACAUUGUGCUGGAUGUUUCAACUACUUCAUUGCUGACAGAUAUCCUGAUGCAAGAAGAACAUGGAUUGGUGCAGUAAUGCCGAACUUUAGAGCACAAAGCCUGUGGAUUAGAUACGUAACAGCAAUGUAUUGGUCCAUUACAACGUUGACAACAACUGGAUAUGGUGACUUGCAUGCUGAGAAUCCAAGAGAAAUGCUGUUCGAUAUUUUCUACAUGUUAUUUAAUUUGGGCCUGACAGCAUAUCUCAUUGGAAACAUGACAAACCUUGUUGUUCAUGGGACAAGCCGCACGAGAAAAUUUAGGGAUAAAAUCCAGGCAGCAAGUGAAUUUGCAGCAAGAAAUCAGUUACCACAACAAAUAAAGGAUCAGAUGCUAUCUCACAUAUUCCUGCAAUUCAAGACAGAAGGAUUCAAACAACAAGAAACCUUGAAUGGCCUCCCAAAAGGAAUUCAGUCGAGUGUUGCUAACUACCUAUUUUUUCCAGUAGUUCGAAAUGUGUAUCUUUUCAAUGGAGUGUCCCAAAAUUUCAUUUAUCAAGUGGUCGCAGAAAUGCAAGCUGAUUAUUUUCCCCCAAAAGAAGAUGUAGUUCACCAGAGGGAAGCACCAACAGAACUUUAUAUACUCGUAUCAGGAGCAGUGGAGUACAAGUUACAUUCAAAUGGAAUCGAGCAAGUCCAGGGAAGGGCAUAUGCUGGGGACAUGUUUGGAGAAGUUGGUGUUCUAUGUGAUACCCCUCAACCAUUCACCAUAAGUACCACUGAGCUCACACAAAUUCUAAGACUGCGUAGAACUGCAUUUAUCAAUAUUGUCCGAGGAAGUAUAAAAGACGGAACUCUCAUCAUGAACAACCUUCUCCAGAAGCUAGGGAAUCAUGGCAAUUUAUCAAGAAUGCAAAUAGAAGGCUUAGGAUCAUUAUCAUUUCUCAGAGAAUGGUCAGAUACCUCUGCUUUCAGAGAGCAGUUUUCCACCACAGAAUACCAGGAAAACAAUGUGGAUCAUAGAAGACCCGUAGUUAAAGGAAACAUGGCAACUGAGGAUAGUCAAGUAGAUCAAACAGACAAGGUCCUCCGCAACAUAACUAAUUUCAAUUUGAUUCAGCUGGAAAAUUAUGACAAGAGGAAGCCUCUACUAAAGCAAAGAACAAAUCUGGAUGAAACAGAACACUUUGGCUGGACAAAAUCUUUGUUUGAAAAACAGGUGAAAGGGAAUCCCCAAGGUUUUUUAUCAUUGCUAGAGACUAGAAGGAAAACUGAAAGCAAACAAUCAAAAAGAACAAACAGUAACAGAGACAAUCAGAUCCAAAGAAACAUAGAAUUGGAUUCCAGCUUCAAAUGCUUGCAAUAUGAAACAAUGGGGCCAACUCACUCCGAAACAGGAACACAGCCACUACGUAAUGGUAGCAUGAGAUUAGUAAAUAGAAGAAUUACCAUUCAUGCGCUUUCUGAAGUGACAUGUGGAUCAAGAGAAAAUUUGGGGAAGUUGAUAAUUCUACCUGAAUCUGUGGAUGAGCUUCUCAGAAUAGGCAGUCAGAAGUUUGAGGGCUGUAAUCCUACAAAAGUAGUGAAUCAGGAGAAUGCAGAAAUAGAUGACAUCACCACAGUGAGAGAUGGAGACCAUUUGUAUCUAGUUGAGGAUCAUUAAUAAUCUACAUGACAUGAAAAAGUUUAACAUAACAAAUGUUGAGAAGC